AUGGUUGAAGUAAAAGAUUUGGUUUUAAACAAUGGUGUCCGCUGUAUUGCUGACAUCCACUCCGAACUAUACGCCAAGUUAAAAAAAGAAUCGCAGGCAGCGACACCUUGGAUAUAUCAAAAAGAAUACGGAAAAUUUGUCACUUACUUUAUCGCUGUAAUAAUUUUUUUGUGUUUAAUAAAGAAACUAGCAUUUAUGUAUUAUGAUUCCAGUGAGGAAUUUCUUCCAGAAAAGAAGGACUCACCGAUUACCCCUCCUGAAUUGCUUGCCCGAAUAAUGAAGAGACUUGUCGCAUUCAACAGAUACAUUUGCUAUAGGAAAUUUCCUACGUUGAUCUUUUCUUACUUAGGUAUUCCGACAUCCGUGGGUACAUUUUUAGUAGUAAUGGCUGCCACUUUAUACACGCUUCUAUACUGCUUUGUUCCUCAUCCAUUCUACAGACCCUGUGCAGGAUUUGGUUCGCCGCCUUUGUCUGUUCGUGCAGGUAUAAUGGCAGUAUCUUUGGUUCCGUUUGUAUUUUCACUUUCCGGGAAGGUCAACGUCAUAGGUUGGUUGGUUGGUCUUUCGUAUGAAAAAAUCAAUAUAUACCAUCAAUGGGCAUCCAUUCUUUGUUUAUUCUUUAGCUGGGUUCAUGUAAUUCCCUUCUUACGCCAAGCACGACAUGAAGGAGGAUAUGAAAGAAUGCACCAGCAAUGGAAGGCAUCCGACAUGUGGAGGAGUGGUGUCCCACCCAUCUUAUUUCUGAACUUGCUAUGGUUAUUUUCGCUACCUGUUGCCAGGCGAUAUAUCUAUGAGAUUUUCUUACAAGUCCACUGGAUUUUAGCUGUUGGAUUUUACAUUAGCUUGUUCUAUCACGUUUACCCCGAAUUGAAUUCUCAUAUGUAUCUGGUUGCUACGAUUGUGGUUUGGUUUGCGCAAUUGUUUUACAGACUGGCCGCGAAGGGUUAUUUAAGACCUGGUAGAAGCUUCAUGGCUUCCACCAUUGCAAAUGUCAGUGUAGUCGGUGAAGGAUGCGUGGAAUUAAUCGUCAAAGAUGUGGAAAUGGCCUACUCUCCAGGUCAACAUAUAUUCGUGAGAACGAUUGAUAAAGACGUCAUCUCUAGCCAUCCAUUUUCUAUCUUCCCGAGUGCAAAGUAUCCCGGCGGAGUAAAAAUAUUGAUUAGAGCCCAGAAAGGGUUUACUAAAAGACUAUACGAAAGCCGUGAUGAGAUGAAGAAAAUUCUGAUUGAUGGGCCUUAUGGUGGAAUCGAGAGAAACGUUAGAAGUUUUACCAAUGUUUACUUGAUUUGCUCUGGUUCAGGAAUAUCUACAUGCCUACCUUUCCUGCAAAAAUACGGCCCCAUAUUCCAUAAGACAAACUUGGAAAGUAUUACAUUGGACUGGUUGGUAAGACAUAGGGAGGAUAUAUCAUGGAUUGAAGACGAAAUAUACACACUCUCAAAUGAUUUACGCCAGUUAUUCUUGGAUGGAAGAAUUGUGAUUAGGAUUUACGUCUGCUCCAGCAGUACUGUCCCUGAUACUACUAAAACUCUUUCUCGAAUAGCAGAUACUACCAGUGACCAAUCCGAUUUAGCUAAAAAAGAAAAAGGUACCGAAUUCGGUCAGGAUAAUACUGAGUCAAGUUCAACUUUGGACAAAUCCAAAAACGAAUAUAAAAGUAUCGUCACCAUUAUUUCUUCCAAACCUGAUUUGAAUCAAGUCAUUAAUGGUUACGAAAUUGGGUUCAGGAACUGCUUCAUUUGUUCAGGCUCUGAUAGCCUCAGAUAUAUCGUUGGAAAUUCCGUGGCAAGUUUACAAGCCAAGGUUUUUUCCAGCAAAAAUGUCGAAGAGUGUUAUUUACACAGCGAGAGUUUUGGCUACUAA